GUUCUGCAUCUGCAUUUUACACAUGCACUGAUCCUACAGCCGCACAUCCGAACCACCGCACGGAUUUUCAUCACACACACACAGCCGAUCAUGACUGAGGAACACGACAAGUCUCUGGCGGACGCACCGUGCAGCCCGGCCGGCACCUCCAGCUGCGCGUCUCAGGAUGAGUCGGACUCGGACGCACCGUCCUCACCGGCUGGAUCAGACGGACACGGAGCGCUCCACUCCGCUAAAAAGCUGGAGGAAGAGGACGACGAACGCUUCCCGGCGUGCAUUCGGGACGCGGUGUCGCAGGUGCUCAAGGGCUACGACUGGUCCCUGGUACCCAUGCCAGCCCGUGCCAACGGUGCGCUGAAGAACAAGCCGCAUGUCAAGAGACCCAUGAACGCGUUUAUGGUGUGGGCACAGGCGGCACGCAGGAAACUGGCAGAUCAGUACCCGCACCUUCACAACGCCGAGCUCAGCAAGACUCUGGGAAAACUCUGGCGUUUGUUAUCAGAGAACGAAAAGAGGCCUUUCGUAGAGGAGGCAGAGAGACUCAGAGUGCAGCACAAGAAGGAUCACCCCGAUUAUAAGUAUCAGCCCAGGCGACGAAAGAGCGUGAAGCCGGGCCAGAGCGACUCUGAAUCUGGGGCCGAGCUGAGCCAUCACAUGUACAAAGCCGAGCCGGGAUUGGGUGGCUUGGCAGGAUUAGCCGAUCAUCAUCACACCGACCAUUCAGGUCAGCCCCACGGACCCCCGACACCACCGACGACCCCGAAAACUGACCUACACCACAGUGGCAAGCAGGAACUCAAACACGAAAGCCGGCGACCGCUCGAUUCCGGCCGGCAGAACAUCGACUUCAGUAACGUGGACAUCUCUGAGCUCAGCACGGACGUCAUGGCCAACAUGGAAAGCUUUGACGUGCACGAGUUCGAUCAGUACCUCCCGGUCAACGGGCACUCAGCAGCCCCGUCCAUGCUGUCCGAGGCCGGCGCCUACGCCGCCUCGUACAUCCAGGCGAACGGGGCCGCGUGGAGCCGAAAAUCGGCCUCGUCCACGUCCUCGGCGUCCAGCGACGUGAGCCAGCACAGACCUCACAUCAAAACGGAGCAGCUGAGCCCGAGCCACUAUAGCGAGCCCUCUCGCGGCUCUCCUCCUCACCCCGAUUACGGUUCCUACGCCGCUCAGAGCUGCGCUGCCUCGACAGCUCCGUUUUCCAGCUCGUGCGACUACACAGACCUGCAAAGCCCAGGCUACUACAGCCCGUACUCCGGGUACGCUUCCAGCCUGUACCAGUACCCGUACUUCCACUCUUCGCGGAGGCCCUACGGAGGCGCGGUCCUCAGCGGCCUGUCCAUUCCGCCCUCUCACAGCCCCACGGCAAACUGGGAGCAGCCAGUUUACACCACCUUAUCGAGGCCGUGAUCAGGCGGCCUCAUUUUGCCUGUACUCCGGAUGCACUUAUGAAGGAAUAGCAGUAGCCAAGACGAGAAGAAGCCGAA